CGUUACCCCUGCGACUUCCCUGGCUGUGGAGCAUCGUUUGGUCGCGCCCGUGACCUUCCGCGUCAUAAGAAAAUCCACGACGAAUCACUAAAGAUUACGUGUCCGGAAUGCGACCGGACGUAUCACCGGGAGGAUUUGCUCGCUCGACACCGGCGC